UCACGUAAAGUAUAACACGCACAGCUCAGAUCAGAUUAUCACCGGCGCCGAUCGAACGCUAGACAGCUACAGACAAGCUUUGAUUGAAAUACGAUAACGAGAUCGAGAUUGGAAAAGGAGCUCGAGGUCACGGACGAUGGCCGACUCGGACUCAGCUAGUGCUAAGGCUACGCUAAAUCGGAAUAAGACUAAGUAAGACGGUAAGAGGAAGGAGAGAAACAAGCAAUGGCAGCUCGACCAUCCGGCCCAGAGGAGGCGCGGGAGUGGCUGUGAACAAGGCCAGGGUACGGCGGAGAAACUUCGCGAGCUGCAGGCGGCCUUCUCGUUGCCGAGUCUAGAGGAUGCCAUAGACCCUAUGGCUAUGCCAGCUCACUGAGAGAUAUGAAGAACAGACAACACAAUCCAUCCCCAGCGAAGAAAUUCCAAGCAGCAGUAGGGGAAUUAGCAGGCACACCAGCAUGCUCGAGUGUUUCCACAACCACAUACUGAUGUAUGCUUCCAAGCGGUAUUCCUUUGACUACCCAGCAAACCGGGCAAGGAAUUUGCUUGCGGUCAUCGACUACAUGGCACACAAGGACAGGCCCGACCAGAUUGAUGAACAAGGCAAUACAAAAUAUGUUGCAGUAUGGUCAAAGCGUGCCAACAACUACGUGGCCCGGAAGGAGAAGGUCCCCAAGACCUACCCCUACAUGUAUGUACAAGGACUCAUCGGUGCGAUACUGGAACGCAGAGAACAGGACCAAGGACCACUGUUCUCGAAGGCUGUUCUGCUCCCUGAUGACCCUAGACACACAAGGCCCAGGCUUGCACCAUUUCCUCCACCACAACUUGAUGUGAUCCUAGCCAGGAGACUAGGCCGAUUAGAGAAAUCCAUGUAAUCCUCUGUAGUGAACAAUUGGGAUUGUCUGACUUGAGAACUGCUUUUUUUCGAGCAGAGACUAAGGGAUCCAAAUGGCGUCCUUCCGUCCAUCCUCCGUGACUGUACACAAAUUUGAAUGAAGUCUAAUGUGAAAUCUUACCUGCAAAAAUCAAUUAGGGUUGCUAACUUUCCAACCCUGCAUCUGUUUGUAACCAUACUUGAUUGGUACAUGUAGAUGCCCUUUAUUGGCCUCCAUGAUAUUCUGGAGUUGAAGGUCACAUAAGUAGGUCAAAGGUCAAAUGAGGUUCAUUGUUGCAUGAUUGCAUGAUUGCAUGCAAGACUCUUAAUCGCCUCGAUUUAAUUUGUCCAUGUGGCAUGUUUUUAGGCUAUCUUGAGGAUUGGUUGGAACUUAACAUUUUGGACUCAUUUGGUUGCUAAUGAUUUUGUGGUCCGGAGGUGAAAGAUUGCAUGGCUUAGCAUUACGAGCAUGUAUUCUUGAUAUGUCAGAGACCCUUUGACAAAAUACCACCAAACUUGAUACUAGAGUGUCCCUGGGGAUCAUGGGGAUGUGGUUAUCUAUCAGUAUAAAAAAAAAGUCACAUAACGCAUGAUAUACAUGUACCAGAAAUAAAUUGUUAUUGUUGCUAGAUUAGCCACCAUGCUUGGCACUUGUAUAUUGUAUUACAAUAAGAGGUUGGCAAGUUUACAAAUGGAAGAAAUGUAGGAAUAUAAAAGACAAAUUGUGACAUCAGUGUAUAAAAGCUCUAUGUGAUUUAUACAAUUCAUAAUUUGUGAUAAAAUCAGUGCUUGCUCAUGUGGAAAUGGUGGAUAUUUCAAUUUGUAUCUAUUUGGCAACCUAUAUUCCUUGAAGAAGUUACGGUAGUAAUUAUAAAAUUUACAGCCAAGAGGUCAAACCAUGAGUCAACAAUGUGUUUGGUUUUAGUGACUGUGCAUGUAACUGAGGUGACAGUCGAUCAUGAAAAAGACUAUACUUCGGAACCUGUUGAAAAUCAACAUGGACAGAAGAAAGAUUUGUAGAAUAUCUUAUUGUAAAUAGUCUUCAUUUUUUGUUUAAUGCAAUCAAUGUGACUAAAAUAAUGCAAGCGAAAAAGAGAAAUGAUCACAAGACAGCAAAACAGUUGGUUUCAUGCAUCAUUUGAAUCAAUGAACGUGAAUCAGCUCAACGCCAAAGUAUUGCGGUUCAAGGUUAUACCAUCAAGAGAUAUGCUGCCUGUAACUACUUUGUAGUUUGAAAGGGUGUAUAAAGGAAUAAGGAUACAGUUGGGCAGGCGAGUCUUUCUGUUGGUCUAUUGUAAAAAACUGGGUCAAAUUUUUUCCAAUUUUUACGCAAAUUGUAAUAAAACUUGGUAUACCGAUUGACCCGAGGGUGUGCAAGACACAUUUGUUGUGUCUGUCUGUUAAGGUACCUCCAUGGUAACCAAGCUUUGCACAAAGAAUACAAUUUUGUUUUAAUAAUCUUGUGGAGCAUAUUCUUUCCAAGUUUUAGCAAUUUUAUAGUUUUGGUAUCUUUGAUGAGGCAUUAUAAUAACAGUAUAAAACUCAAUGCAUGUGCAGUGUGUAAAAUAAGUAUGUGAGCAAACUAUUGGAAGUAGUUUGAUCGAUUCAUAUGAAACUCAGUACACACAA